CCGGCAAGACAAGCCAAGAAAUCCAGAGCGUCAACAGUAAUUGGUCAAUCAUCUGCAAACAGUUGGUGUCCUGUUAUCCAGAUAGAUACACACAGAUAGCUGUAUAUAGAUCACUCCUUUCUAUUUCUUGGUGGGCAUAAGCUCAUAUCCAUAUCUAUACACACACUUAUACACACACAUCUAAAGAAAAGAAAGAGGUCAAAAUGAGAACCCUUAUAGUGUGAUUCUAUCAAAACAAGCAUAAAGUUCCAGUCUUUAUUAUAAAAAAAAUGAGAAGCUUCUUCACUUGUGUUCCAAGUAGUUGUAAUAUUGGAUGGAAAUCAUCAUCUACCCUGUUUCAAGAAUUAGGGCUUCUCUCUAAUAAUAGUUCUCUUUUUAUCUCCCCCAGGCCCAAAUCUUUUCAAGUUUCUGCAUCCUCUUCUAAUGCUGAUCCACUUCUGGUCAAGGCUGCAAAAGGAGAGCCUGUACCCCGUCCACCAGCAUGGAUGAUGCGUCAGGCUGGAAGAUAUAUGGCUGUUUACAAAAAGCUAGCACAGAAACAUCCAUCCUUCAGAGAGAGAUCAGAGACAACUGAUCUCAUUGUCGAAAUUUCUCUGCAGCCCUGGGAAGCUUUCCAUCCUGAUGGUGUUAUUCUCUUUUCUGAUAUACUAACCCCUCUACCUGCAUUUGGUGUCCCAUUUGACAUAGAAGAAUUGAGAGGACCUGUGAUUCAAUCCCCAAUCCGUUUGGAGGAGGACCUGAAAAAAUUGCAUGCAAUUGACCUGGAAAAACUACAUUUUGUUGGGGACUCCUUAAAAAUCUUGCGGCAGCAGGUUGGAACUCAAGCUGCAGUUUUGGGCUUUGUUGGGGCCCCGUGGACGAUUGCUACAUAUAUUGUAGAAGGCGGUACAACUAGAACUUAUACCACAAUUAAGAGCAUGUGCCAUACAGCACCGCAUGUAUUGAGAGCUUUGUUGUCUCACAUAGCAACUGCCAUAUCUGACUAUGUUGUUUUCCAAGUGGAAUCUGGCGCUCAUUGUGUACAAAUUUUUGAUUCAUGGGGUGGACAACUACCGCCUGAUAUGUGGGAGCGCUGGUCCAAGCCUUAUAUUGAUCAGAUUGUGAGUGUAGUUAGGAAAAAGUGCCCAGAUACGCCACUUGUCCUCUACAUUAAUGGAAAUGGUGGAUUUCUCGAAAGGAUGAAAGCAACUGGAGUGGAUGUGAUUGGACUGGACUGGACAGUGGAUAUGGCAGAUGGAAGAAGAAGACUGGGAAAUGAUAUCAGUAUACAGGGCAACGUUGAUCCUGCAUACUUAUUUUCUACCCUCCCUGCAUUGACCGAAGAAAUUAAAAGAGUUGUAAAGUGUGCAGGGCCGAGGGGUCAUAUACUUAAUUUGGGGCACGGUGUUCUAGUCGGGACACCAGAGGAAGCUGUUGCUCAUUUCUUUGAUGUUGCAAGAAGCUUGGAGUUUGAUACACCAGCCGAAAAUAUUGUGAAAGGGGAACCUAAAUUGGUAGUUUGACAAGAAAUUGUCAUUUGCUAGAUUUAAUUUUUAUUGCGGAGGCUGAAUUUAACCUGGUCAGUGUCGAAUUGCUUGCACUUUUAAGCGCUUGGCAGAGGCUUAAUGGUAUGUUUAGUUUACAUGCUUGCAAAGUUACCGAGGCAGAAGGUUUGAUUAGUGGAGGAUGAGUCAAUUAAUUUUGUAAGAUUUAUACUUUAUUAAGAUUCAUUAGAUGGAUAACCUAGAUCACUCAUUUUUGCUUGGUAUAUACCCAUGCCAUCCAGUUGUAGUGUUAAACAUGACAGAAACUUGACUUGGGACUUUCUGAUAUAAAUUUCAGUCUCAGGUUUA